AUGCUUUACGAUCUCAAUAUCCCGUGGUCCUCCACCACAAUCUCCGCCGACCUGUCUCGCACGAUAUCCUUUGCCUCCUCGCUAGGCUACACCGUCCUCGCCCUAAACCACACAAUAACGCCCCCGAUCCCGUCGCAAAUAACGAACCCCCUGCCAAAGUUUCCGCCGUCACCUUCGUCAUCGGCAGCCACCUCCACACCCAACACCGCCACCUCACAACCAAAAAGGCAACAGCCCACAGUCCUCCACCGCGCGACGGUCCUCCUCUCCGACCCCUCCCAAAACUACCGCCUCCCCGCCCUCGCCGCGGCCUACGACAUCCUCGCCGUCCGUCCCACCACCGAAAAGGCCUUCCAGGCCGCCUGCCUCUCCAUGGCCGAGCCGUCCCUCAUCUCCCUCGACCUGACGCAGCACUUCCCCUUCCACUUCCGCCCCAAGCCGCUCAUGGCCGCUGUCUCGCGCGGCGUCAAGUUCGAGGUGUGCUACUCCCAGAUCCUGGGCGCCACGGACGCCCGCGCGAGGGCGACGUUCAUCUCCAACUUUGCCUCCCUGGUACGCGCGACGAAGGGCAGAGGGAUCGUGGUCAGCUCCGAGGCGCGCUCGGCGCUGGGCCUGCGUGCGCCGAACGACGUUGUGAACCUUCUCGCCGUGUGGGGUCUGGGUAGCGAGAAGGGCACCGAGGCGCUGGGGGUGAACCCGCGCGGGGUCGUUGUCAACGAGGGGAUCAAGAGGAGUGGGUUCCGAGGGGUUGUGGACGUGCUCGAGGUCGGUGGACGGGAGGACGAUGCUAAGAAACAACAGCAGGGGAAGAAGGAUGGCGGGAAGGGGAAAGAGGGCAAGGGUGCGAAGCAAGGCGGCGGCGAGGACAGGGGGAACGGGCAGAAGCGCAAGACGCCUGACGAGGUGGGUGAUGGUGCGCAGCAGACGAUGAGCAAGAGGCAGGCCAAGAAGCUGAGGCUGGCGCUGAAGGAGAAGGAAAAAGAGACGGCGUAG